CAUUACAAAACAAUUUUCUAUUUGCCAGAACUGACCCUCAUGGCCUGCUGAUGCAACUCUGCACUAGAACAUGUACCAGGGAACAAAAGGUUUACAGCUAAAAUUGACAUUUAGAAUAGGCACCUGGUAUCAGCAUCUGUGAGUCAAGAAGAUUCCUCAAGAACUAACUUUUCAUUGAAGAAUGGCAUCAACAUCUUUUCAGAUCUCUGCAUUACUUCUGGCUGUUUCGGGUUUUAUUAUUUUACUUGUUGCCACUGUGUCCAACAGCUGGAAAAGUUCCAGUUCAGCAAACUCUAUUAUUACUGCAAGUUGGAUUUAUGAAGGUCUCUGGAUGAACUGUGCAGCUACUACUUUGGGCUCGGUUCAGUGUAAAAAAUUCUAUUCCUUCCUAAGUUUAGACACUUAUAUUCAAGCAUGCCGAGCCCUGAUGGUCACUUCCCUUGUUUUGGGUCUUCUUGGCACUCUGGUGACAGUGUUUGGUUUAAAGUGCACUCAACUUGGGACCACUAAUAACUACACAAAAGCAAAGAUUGCCACAGUAGGAGGAAUGGUCUUCAUUUUAUCAGGUCUCUCAUCAAUGGUGGCUAUUUCUUGGUAUGCUUCGCAGAUCACAGCUCAGUUUUUUGAUUCAUUCUAUGCUGGAACCAAAUAUGAACUAGGCCACGCUCUGUACAUAGGCUGGGCUGGCUCCCUGCUUUCAAUGCUUGGUGGGAUUCUCCUGAUAUGCUCAUGCAAAGGAAGCAAAAGAGAGAAACAAAGAAACUACAAUUACGAUUCUGCUACUACCCAGAGAGCUAAUGAACCAUUUAUUUACAAGAAAGCAUCAGAGACAGUCACGUCUGCCAAAGAUUAUGUUUAGAUUUUUAAUCUUUUUUUAUGUAUUCUAAAAGUUUCAUUUUAGGCAGACAGUUUUCUUAUUGGUACUGAAUGUUAUGUACGUAUGAAGAAUUUAUUUCUGAGAAUUGUUUAAAGCUCAGUGUCUUAGGAACUGGCUAUAUGAGAAUGUAUUUCAGGGUAAAAUGAAGUUAUAAUAUUGUACAUACCCCAAACACAAAAAGUUUUUUUAGAUAAAUAUGUUGCCAUACAGCAGCAGUGUAAGUUUAUAAUUAUUGCUGGAAUAAAACUGCUUUUGACUAUG